CCCGCCGCGGUGCUGGGGGGUCUGGAUUUGCUGCCUGUGCCGGGAUGGAGGCUACGCGCUGCCGCCUGGUGUCCUGCGGGGACAGGGCAGAGAGAAAUGGAGAGAGGAGGAGAAGACAGAGAGGAGGAGAGAUAGACACCUGCAGACCUGUUCACCGCUUUUGAAGCCACUCCCCUGCAGCACCUUUGAAGAUGAGACCAUGAGGCUCAGGCAGCUGAAGCUGGACAAUCAGCGAGCACUGCUGGAGAAGAAGCAGAGGAAAAAGCGCCUGGAGCCGCUCAUGGUCCAGCCAAACCCAGAAGCCCGGCUACGGAAGUCCAGGCCGAGAGGCAGUGAGGAGCAGGCACCUCUGGUGGAGCCCCAUGCCCUGCACAGCAAUGUCACCUUACACGGCAUUGAUGGUCCGGCCGCUUUCCUGAAGCCAGAAGCUCAGGACAUGGAGACCAAGCUUCACAUUCUCUCAGUGGGGCCUUCUGGGUCAGAGGAGGACACUGAAGACAGUGUGGGUGGGGAGACCACUUCCAGCCCUGCUGCCAGGCCAGAUCUGCAGGACAUUCUUCAAAAGCAUGGUAUCUCAGGUAGUUUGAACUUUGAUGAAGAGGGGACAGAUGGAGAGGAAGAAGAAGGAAGAAAAGUAAGAUCUCAUUCUUCAUAUUCAGAGGCCGAGAGACCUAAUUCUACAUCCAGCCAGAAGUCAACCACAGACACAGGAGCAUCCAACACCUCUGCUCACCACUCCGACAACCCACUGGGGGAAAUGGAGAACUUGGAGGGCUUCGUCUACAGUCCUGCCUCACGUGGUGUCACAGUAAAGUGCCGGAUAACCAGGGACAAAAGAGGAAUGGACCGAGGUCUCUUCCCCACAUACUACAUGCACUUGGAAAAGGAUGAGAACCGGAAGAUAUUUCUCCUUGCUGGUAGAAAGCGGAAAAAGAGUAAAACAUCCAACUACCUUAUCUCCACGGAUCCAACAGAUUUAUCUCGGGAAGGAGAAAGUUAUAUUGGCAAACUCAGAUCCAACCUCAUGGGGACCAAAUUCACUGUGUAUGACCACGGCGUCAGCCCCACCAAGGCACAGGGGCUGGUGGAGAAGGCUUACACCCGGCAGGAACUGGCUGCCAUCUGCUAUGAAACCAAUGUGCUUGGAUUUAAAGGUCCUAGGAAGAUGUCUGUGAUUAUUCCAGGGAUGAACAUGAACAGCGAGCGGAUCCCGUUUCAGCCAAGAAAUGAGCAUGAGAGCUUGCUUUCCAAGUGGCAGAACAAGACCAUGGAGAACUUGAUCGAAAUGCACAACAAGGCCCCGGUCUGGAAUGAUGACACACAGUCCUAUGUCCUCAACUUCCAUGGGCGGGUCACACAGGCCUCUGUGAAGAACUUCCAGAUAGUCCACACCAAUGACCCUGACUACAUAGUCAUGCAGUUUGGACGCGUGGCUGAUGACGUGUUCACACUGGACUACAACUACCCACUGUGCGCACUGCAGGCUUUUGCCAUCGGCCUCUCCAGCUUUGACAGCAAGCUAGCAUGUGAGUGAGAGGCCAGACACCUCCCUGCUCUCUUCUGGACAAGCUGAGCCACAGUCUGCUGGUCUUGGAAUAAAACCUGGACAGUGUCUGCACAUGUGUGCGCACACACACCGGUGUGGAGGUGUGUGUACACACACAUAGAGACAGGCUGUUCCAGGCUCUGCAGUUCUGGUCAGGAGUCACAGCUUCCUGCAGGGCACAGUGCAGGAAGCACAGUCUCUUGUCCAAGCACACCAGUGAUUCUUGUAGUUACUGCUCAGUAGCUAUUGUCUCAAGAUUCAGAUUUCCUGUGCUUCCUGUGCUGGAAACUUGCAGCUGGAAUCAGGUUCCUGUGAUUAAAUACAGGGGUCUUUUCUUGGAGCCCUUUCAGAGAGGAACCAUUCCCUUAAGUGGCCUUUAGCCUCCAGGCCUACAAACUCUGGAAAUGAUGAGAUGACAUCACUCACAAUAGCUCCACUUUCUCCCUGCUGUGUGACCCGCCAACCAUCAGUCCAGAUGAGUGAGUGUGGCCAGAGAGGGUCUCCAGGGACUGGCAGCAGGCAGUGUUGCCAAUGAGCCUGGAUUCACCAGCUUCCCUUCAGGUGAUUCUCAGCAACCUAUGGGCAUGAGCACCUUUUAGGAGGGGCCAGUGGACAUGAGCUCAGGGGAGCAGGAGCGGCGGACAGUGCGGGAAACAGAGCCUUGCCCAGGGCCUGUUCCCAUGCUUUGGUGGUAAUGGCUUUGGGGGCAACAUCUCCCAAUAGCUGGGAGCACCCAGAGUCAGCCGCCGCAGCUCCCACACCCAUAUCAUCUGUCCUGUCUGUAGUGCUAGCCUCUGCCCAGCCUUGGGGAAGAACUUGUGCUCUCAGGGAGUCACUUGGAGCUGUGUGCUCUGUUUGAGGCCCCUUGUUCUCCCUGCUGUCACAGUCCCCCCUUCUCUCUCUCCCCGCAGAGGAGGCUGGCUGGCACCAAUCUCCAAGUGGCUAUAACCAAAUUUGUAGUCAAUCAUGUGGAUUUUAUCUAAUUGUCUUAAUUUCAGCUUAGGCUGGAAACAUGAACUCUAGAGGUGACUCAGUCCAGUUACGACUGAGAGCAGUUUGACCGUUGCCUUUAUUCUCAGCCAGGAGUGCCUCCCCCAGUGGCACUGCGUGCUUACUAGUGUAGAGGGAUGCAUGUACACAUGCACAGACGCAUGCACAUCUGCAGAAGUGCAGUGAUCAGAGAGCUGUAUGUACCAACGCCUGGCAUCGUCACAACCAGGAGAGGCGGCAGGAUGCUCCUUGGAGGACCCGCCAGCUGACUCACACUCUGCAGGCCUCAUUGGGCAGGACUGGUGGACUGUAAUGCUCCCAACUCCCCAAAGCUGGCAUGGUGGUACUACAGGGACCACGGGUCGUACUCCUUUUCCUCACAGACUAAAGGACAUUUGCCCAGUCCUCCUCGUUCUAACCAGCAGUUGGUGUGUGACCUGCUGCCACUUCACAGCUCAGGGUGUCUGCUGAAAUGUGGGGGAGCAGGUGAGUUCUGAGCUCCUCGUGGCUUCCCUCCCAGGCCCAUGUGCCUGACUGGCCACCACAAUGAAGCAAGAAAAUUUGGCCAUCUUUCCUUCUAUGGACCUCCCUCCUUUCCUCCCAGUGUCCUGCCAUUACUCCACCACAGACAGCUGGAAGAAAUAAAGCCAUCUGGGAGAAGGCCCUGUGCCCUGCGCCCCCAUGGCAAGAUGGCUUGCUUUGCUGAGGCAGCUUCCCCUUCAGGCCUCCUGCCCAUAAGUGUCUUUUUCUAGAGCUGCCGCAAGGCUCUACAGGCCUGGUGCCACCCCCUGAUGCUCUCUGGAGAGAGAACCAUUAGCUCACCUCCAGCUCCAGGGGUGUCCAGGCAACCUUGCCCAGGCUGGAGGAAGCGGACUCUGGCUUCCAGGACUUUCUGCUUGAGUGUGCAGGUACUUGAUUGGUUUUUACCGAAAUCAUAUUUAUACCUUUUGUAUGCUAUAGCAAUAAAAGAUGAUUUAU